GCGAAAGGUUCACAUGCCGUAAGGGCGAAUAGAGGAAAACCAAACCAUGUUGUAGAAAACAAACCCCGGUACUGUACCCGCGAAAAGUCUUAAGAGAUGUUACCUAAUAUAAUUUAUCUAGAAAUCUGAAUGUUACUAAAUAAUGACAACUCCAGCUAUUCGGAUGUUCCGGGGGUUAGAGGGUCUGUUUUGUGUGUACAAGCCCUCUGGUGUCCACUGGAAACUGGUACGGGAUACCAUCGAGACUAAUCUCCUGAAAGGUUUAAAUGCUACACCGCCCCAACCACUUCCACAGGAGGUCCGCCUCUUGGCACACCCAGUGAGUGAGACUGAAGCACCCAAGGGACUCACACUGUCUGCAGUCUCUGUGGCAGUGCUGUCCAAACAUCCUCUGGUGACUGGACCUGAAUUCCAGCAUAUUAAAGUUGGAGUAGGACAUCGCCUGGAUGCACCCUCCUCUGGUGUUCUAGUUCUUGCUGUUGGGAAUGGAAACAGGGCCCUGAAUGGUCUCACAACAUACACAACAAGAGUCACAAGGGAUUACACAUUGGAGGGUGAAUUUGGGACUGCAACAGAUGACUUCUCUCACACAGGCAGAGUUGUGGAAAGGUCCACGUAUGGUCACAUCACGCAGGAUAAGCUGGACAGAGUCUUGGCGAUGCUGCAGGGAGUCAAUCAGAAGGCCUUGUUAUUGUAUUCCAAUGUAGACAUGCGCUCACAGGAAGCCUACGAGAUGGCUGCUCAAGGUCUACUGGGUCCAGGCGGGAAAUCGACACCUAUUUUGACAGGCCUGCGUUGCAUUCGCUUCCAGCCCCCCAACUUCACUUUAGAGGUGCAGUGUCUGAAUGAAACUCAGAAAUAUUUGCGCAAAGUUGUGCAUGAGAUAGGACUGGAGCUGCGCAGCACUGCAAUGUGUAAAGGAGUCAGACGGACCAGAGAUGGCGCUUUCACCCUGCAGGAUGCCCUGACCCAUCACCACUGGACUGCUUCAGAUGUUAAGCAGGCCAUCAGACAAUACCACUCCUCCAAAAAAAAGAGAAAGGAAACCCACACAAAGAUCAAGGACCCAGCAUUACAACUACCUGAGGAGACAGCUGGUAAAAAAACUGAAACCUACAACGAAGCAGCAGCAAAAGGUGGAAUUAAAUAACUUUUUGUUGUGACCAGCAGUUAAUAAUAAAAAGUUACUCUGGUAGUUGAUCCCAAACAUCUUACAAAAACAGAACUGCUCAACAGUGACCGGAGAUCGUGGUUACUUAGAAAAUUGGACACAAUUCAUGUCAUUAUUCUUUUGCAAACUUCUCUCUAGCUACAAAAUCUCGUGUGACUGUUGCAACGUUUUCACCUUCGUUAAAUGUGCGGGUAACAUUAACAUAUUGCCCAAAUCUUAAAAUGAAAGUGGUUUAUUUUUUCUCAUUAAAUAAACUGAAAAGAAUUUUAA